ACCAUCUGGAUGGUAUCUCUCUUCAUACUCCCACUCCCCCAGAUGAGCUUCUCAUUCUCAUCGUCGCCGAUUCCUUUCCCCGCCGCCGCCGCCGCCAUCGUGUCUCUCCUCCUCCUUACUACUCUCACUCUUCCUUCUUCAUACUCCUCUGUUUCAGAUUCCGAUGACCAAGCUCGUUGUACAAAUCCUCGACGCCGGCGACCUUAUGCCCAAGGACGGCGACUCUGCCAACCCCUUUGUCGAGGUCGACUUUGGCAACCAGAAACAGAGGACUCGUACCAUACACACCGAUCUCAAUCCUUGCUGGAAUGAGAAUCUCGUUUUCAACAUCACCGACCCUCGACAAUUCCCCAACACCACCAUCGAUGUCGUGGUUUAUAACGACAGGAAAUCCGGCCACCGCCGCGAUUUUCUCGGCCGUGUCAGAAUCUCCGGCAUGUCGGUGCCCCGUUCUGAACAGGACGCUAACAUCCAGAGAUACCCACUUGAUAAACGUGGUCUUUUCUCUCAUAUCAAAGGCGAUAUUGGGUUUCGAAUGUAUCUGACUCACGAUGAUGAUUCGACGCCGCCGCCACAAACUGCCCAUUUCGAAACUCCCCUGCAAGAAAUCAACCCCAACAUAUUCGAUCAGGAGGAAUUACAAGUGCCCAAGAAGAAGGAAAAGGACGUCAAGACCUUCCACUCCAUAGGGGCAGCCCCGGCUGCGACUGCGGCGUCGGUGGCUCCUCCACCGACAGAAUUCAAGUGGCCACAGCCAAUGGCGACGCGGAUGGACUUCGCUCAAGCAGGCCCAUCUCCAGCAACAGUAAUGCAUUUACCAGCUCCAAAGCAAAAUCCAGAGUACGCAUUGGUGGAGACCAGCCCCCCAUUAGCAGCAAGAUUGCGGUACGGCUACAGAGGAAAAGACAAGAUCAUCAGCACCUACGACAUGGUGGAGCAAAUGCAUUUUCUAUAUGUAAACGUGGUUAAAGCUAAAGACCUCCCUGUAAUGGAUGUUUCCGGGAGUUUAGACCCAUAUGUGGAAGUGAAAGUAGGGAACUACAAAGGAGUCACAAAGCACUUGGAGAAGAAUCAAAACCCAGUUUGGAAGCAGAUUUUUGCGUUUGCAAAAGAGACAUUACAAGCAAGCUUACUGGAAGUAACCGUGAAAGACAAGGAUUUGGGGAAGGAUGAUUUUGUGGGGAGGGUUUUCUUUGAUAUCCCCGAGGCUCCAUUGAGAGUACCUCCAGAUAGUCCAUUGGCUCCUCAAUGGUACAAAUUAGUGGACAAGAAAGGCAUCAAAGCAAAGGGGGAAGUGAUGCUUGCGGUUUGGAUGGGUACUCAGGCGGAUGAGUUUUUCUCUGAUGCUUGGCAUUCUGAUGCUCAUAGGGUCAGCCAUGGCAACCUUGCUAACACAAGAUCAAAGGUCUAUUUCUCUCCUAAACUAUACUAUCUAAGAGCCCAAGUGAUCGAAGCUCAAGAUCUCAUCCCAUCAGACAAAUCCAAACCACCAGAUACAUUCGUAAGAAUACAAUUUUGCAAUCAGGGGAAAGUAACCAAACCUUCACAGAUGCGAGUGAUCAACCCAGUUUGGAACGAGGAGCUGAUGUUUGUAGCGCCCGAGCCAUUUGAAGAUUUCAUCAUCAUCACUGUUGAAGACAGAGGAACAGCGGAGAUUCUUGGGAGAGUGAUCGUCCCAUCACGAGAAGUUCCACAGAGAAUCGAGUCCACAAAGCUCCCUGACGCCCGCUGGUACAAUCUCCACCGCCCAUUCAUCGCUCAAUUAGAAGAAACAGAGAAAAAGAAGGAGAAAUUCUCCAGCAAGAUCCAUGUCCGUCUCUGGAUCGACUCAGGGUACCAUGUUCUUGACGAAUCAACUCAUUUCAGCAGCGACCUUCAACCAUCCUCCAAAAUCCUGAGAAAAGACAGCAUCGGAGUACUCGAGUUAGGGAUUUUGAGCGCUCGAAAUCUACUUCCAAUGAAGAGCAAAGAAGGAAAAACCACAGAUGCUUACUGUGUGGCCAAAUACGGCAACAAAUGGGUACGAACCAGAACUCUUCUGGAAACCCUCGCCCCUCGCUGGAACGAACAGUACACCUGGGAAGUCUACGAUCCCUGCACUGUAAUCACAAUCGGAGUAUUCGACAACGCUCACACAAAUGGAAGCAAAGAGGACGCAAAAGACCAGAGAAUCGGUAAAGUAAGGAUUCGGUUAUCCACAUUAGAGAUAGACAAAGUAUAUACGCAUUAUUACCCCUUGUUGGUUCUUCAGCCCUCUGGCUUGAAAAAGCACGGCGAGCUUCAAUUGGCUCUGAGAUUCACCUGCACGGCCUGGGCCAAUAUGCUGACACAGUACGGGAAGCCAUUACUGCCGAAAAUGCACUACCUACAGCCAAUCCCUGUCCGACACAUGGAUCUACUCCGCUUCCACGCGAUGAACAUCGUAGCGACUAGGCUGUCCCGUGCUGAGCCACCACUGCGGCGAGAGGCAGUGGAGUACAUGCUCGAUGUCGAUUACCACAUGUUUAGCCUUAGAAGAAGCAAAGCGAAUUUCAAUCGGAUAAUGUUGCUUCUCUCGGGAAUCACCGCGAUUUACCGAUGGUUCAACGAUGUAUGCAUUUGGAAAAACCCUAUCACAACCUGCCUCGUUCAUGUGCUGUUCUUCAUUCUCGUUUGCUACCCCGAAUUAAUCCUCCCGACGGUCUUCCUUUACCUGUUCGUGAUUGGAAUUUGGAAUUACCGGUUCCGGCCGAUGAAUCCACCGCACAUGGACGCGAGAUUGUCGCAGGCUGAGCACGCUCUCCCAGACGAGCUAGAGGAAGAGUUCGACAACUUCCCGACGACAAAGCAUAUCGACACAGUGAGGAUGAGGUACGACCGACUACGUAGCGUAGCCGGAAAAGUGCAGACAGUGGUAGGAGAUUUGGCGACGCAAGGGGAAAGGGCUCAAGCGAUUCUCGGGUGGAGGGAUCCGAGGGCUACGGCAUUGUUCAUCAUCUUCUCGUUGAUGUGGGCGGUUUUCAUCUAUGUCACGCCGUUUCAGGUGGUGGCGAUUCUGAUCGGACUGUAUUUGCUCCGGCACCCGAGAUUGAGGAGGAAGUUGCCGUCCGUUCCGGUCAAUUUCUUCAAGAGACUGCCAUCAAAGGCGGAUAUGAUGUUAUUAUGAUGAGAAUCAGAGUUUUAUUUAUUUUCUUUCCUAUUUUAAUUAUUUAAUUAUUCCGAACCAAAUAUAUUUAAAUAAUUGGAGUGUUCAGACUCUUGGAACCAAGUACACUCUUUGUUC